UUACAUUACAGUGAAUGCUAAACUAGUUUGAAUGGAAGAUUAUUUUUUUUGUAUGUUCUUAUUUUUUUCAAUGAAAGUUUGUUAAUUGUUAAAAAAAAAAUAGAAUACAAAAUAUGAAUUUAUGGAACAAAAACCAGAAGAAGAAUUUGUUUGUAAUCCAAGUAAUCAACUCAAAAGUUAAAUGCACAGAAAAUCGCAUCAUUGGGUCCCUAAUCUUCCCUCCAAAAUAGAAUAGAAAAAUGGCUCUCUUGGGGGACGAUGGUCGCGGCUACGAGCUGGCUAGGAAGCUUGAGACUUGUGGGGUAUGGCGGUCAUGGCUCGGCGACUCUUGCUACACCAACUUCUUCCAUUUUCUCAGUUCCCCAUCAACAUGGGAAGCAUUUAUGAGAGUCGACGACUCCAAGUCUAGGGCUCAGAUCCAACUCCAACUAAGGGUCCGUGCCCUUCUCUUCGAUAAAGCCAGCAUCUCCCUCUUCCUCCGUUCCGAUUCUUCUCCUUCGUCUCUCGCCAUUUCGAAGCUCAAUCCAACUUAUUUGCAGUUACAUGGUGACGACGUUUACUUCACUCUGGAGAAUUCUUCCUCAGAUGGUAUGGCUGCUGUUCCUCCCAAUGGGGUGGCGACCUCUAAGAUACAAUCAAAAGCGUUUGGAAUUGGAUCAAGAUAUGGGGAAUCUGAUAAUGAUAAUAUGCAUCAAAGACAUAGAAAUGAAGAACUUCCUGAAACAUGGUACAAUCAAUUUAUUGAGAACUAUAGAAUUAACAGACCAUAUAGGUUGUCACUGGGUGACCAAGAAUCAGAUAAACGGACAUCUGACAAUAUGUAUACUUAUCUUAAAUUUAUUGAGAAGCAUAAGAAAAGAUGUAUGGCGUUCAAGGAAGAUCAGUAUACAGGCUAUGGGAAUCUGGUAGGAGAAAAUUCAUCAUAUGCGCGUCCAAGUUCAGUUUCAGAUGGAAGUAACUCAGAUGAUGAAGACUUGGCUUUUUUCCCUGAAAUAAUGUUUACAUUCAACAGUGUUCCUGAUAGUGCUCUCCCAGCAACAGGUAGAGUGGAUGAGAAACAUAAAAUAAAGUUCUAUGGAGUUCUUGACACCUUGCCUCGGGCUAUGACUAGGAGCCCUGUUAUGAUUGAGAGGUUUGGUAUCAAUCCUUACGACAGUGUGGAACAUGGAGCAAAUUCAUAUCAUGGAAAAAAUGGAUCUGGAGUAAACAAGAAAUGUCUUGGCCAAGAGCAAGCAUCACAAUUGUCUCAACAGGUAGUGUCCCGGAUAUUAAAAAAUAUGGGGUUUGAAGGUUCCACUGAAGUUUCUAUUGAAGUCUUCUCUCAGUUGAUGAGCUGUCACAUCUCCAAGCUAGGUGGGAUCUUGAAAGUUCUUGCUGAUAGUUACAGAAAACAGUGCUCAGCUGUUGAAAUUCUCAAGAUGUUCCUUCAAACUGUGAGAUGUGAUUUUGGAUCUCUUGCUGAGCAUGUCAAGGAUGGUUCUAGGACUUCUGUUCAACAAAGUCAGCAGCAAGUUCAUGGUAUCCCGUCACAGAUGAUGCCUCAAGCUCAGGCUGCACUUCGACUACAACAGCAAAUGUCCAGACAAAUGAAUCCCCAGAUGCAGCAAAUGGUCCUCCCCCAAAACUUGGGUUAUCAACAGCAGCAACAUCAGCUGCAGCAACAGCAGCUGCAGCAAAAACAGCUGCAGCAGCAACAGCUGCAGCUUCAGCAACAGCAACAACAACAGCUUCAGCAGCAGCAGCAACAACAGCUGCAGCAGCAGCAGCAACAACAACAGCUGCAGCAGCAGCAACAACAGCUACAGCAACAGCAACAACAACAGCUGCAGCAGCAGCAGCAUCAACAACAGCUGCAGCAGCAGCAGUUAGAGAGAAUGCGAAGACGGCAACCAUCAACUCCUCGCCCAGGUGUGGAUGCGGAUAAGGAUAGGCCCAUGGUACAGGUCAAGAUUGAAGCUGCAUCAGAUUUGCCUAUUGAUAGUAAUUCCUUCAACAAUUUCAACAAUAGAAAUCAACAAAUGCAGUUCAGGCAGCAGCAAAUGGCUGCAAUGUCAAAUUUCGCAAUGUCAAAUGUCCAUGGUCAAUCCAGUACUCAAUUUAGACCGAUGGGUUCAUUGCAGAUUCCCCAAAUGCAGACACAGUAUGAAGCCCUAAAGAACAUGGGUGUGCCGAGGGCUCCGCCAGUGAAGGUUGAAGGUUUUCAGGAAUUGAUGGGUGGCGAUUCUACCCCAAAGCAUGAGUCAGAAGAAAAUAGGCUGACUUCUCCCCCAAAACAUAAAUAAUGGGAGAUAACAAGAGAAUGAACUAGCCACUACAAUUACUGUACUAGGAUUUCCUUAAAGCUUGGAGAAAAUAAUUUGGAUCCUUGAUCGGAUAAAAAGAUUCUGAUGGUUUCAAUGGAUAUUGAAACUAUACCCCUUCGUGUAUUCCUUACCUAUCCCUCAUCUACCGAUCUAAGUGACAACCACUGAGUUCAUUGUUCAUAAGACCCCUUAUUCCUUUUUUUUUACUAGUAAACAACCCUAGCAUAUUUUCUCUUCAUUUAUUAAGUUACUAGGGGUUCGUUUGGUAUACCAUGUUGUAUUGUAUUGUAUUGGAUUUAAUUGUAUUGUAUUAAUAUUAUUUAAUACAGUACUAUAUUUGAUAUUAA